GGGUUCCACCGCAGAUUCGGGCAGGGUGCAGGCGGAACCUUUCUACCGCGUCUCUAGCUAACACGCACGGCGGGGACAGUUUAGGCCUCCGCGCACCGUUCUCCGGGAGUCUUGCAGUUUGCUUGGUGCAGGGAAGGCGGGCGCGGAGGUUCUAUCUGUUUCUUCCUCCUUCGUGAGCAGCAUGGACGUGCUAGCGGAAGAGUUUGGGAACCUGACUCCGGAGCAGCUGGCGGCGCCGAUCCCGACUGUAGAGGAAAAAUGGAGGCUGCUUCCAGCAUUUUUAAAGGUGAAAGGCCUUGUGAAACAGCAUAUAGAUUCAUUUAACUAUUUCAUUAAUGUAGAGAUAAAGAAGAUAAUGAAAGCCAAUGAAAAGGUUACAAGUGACGCUGACCCUAUGUGGUACUUAAAAUAUCUUAAUAUCUAUGUUGGGCUUCCUGAUGUUGAAGAAAGCUUCAAUGUAACUAGACCAGUGUCCCCUCAUGAGUGCCGUUUGAGAGACAUGACAUACUCUGCCCCUAUUACAGUGGAUAUUGAAUAUACCCGAGGCAGCCAGAGGAUCAUCCGCAAUGCCUUACCUAUCGGCAGAAUGCCCAUAAUGCUACGUAGUUCAAACUGUGUUCUUACAGGAAAAACGCCAGCAGAAUUUGCCAAACUGAACGAAUGUCCCUUAGAUCCAGGUGGCUACUUCAUUGUUAAAGGAGUAGAAAAAGUUAUUCUUAUCCAAGAGCAGCUGUCUAAGAACAGGAUCAUCGUGGAGGCUGAUAGAAAAGGGGCUGUUGGAGCUUCAGUUACCAGCUCUACCCAUGAGAAAAAAAGCAGAACCAAUAUGGCUGUGAAACAAGGACGAUUUUAUUUGAGGCAUAAUACUUUGUCAGAAGAUAUACCCAUUGUCAUCAUAUUUAAGGCCAUGGGUGUUGAGAGUGACCAGGAAAUUGUGCAGAUGAUUGGAACAGAGGAGCACGUGAUGGCUGCAUUUGGGCCCAGUCUGGAAGAGUGCCAGAAAGCUCAGAUUUUCACACAGAUGCAGGCAUUAAAAUAUAUAGGGAACAAAGUAAGAAGGCAAAGGAUGUGGGGAGGUGGACCAAAGAAAACCAAAAUAGAAGAAGCAAGAGAGCUCCUGGCUUCCACCAUUCUGACCCACGUCCCAGUUAAGGAAUUCAAUUUCCGAGCCAAAUGUAUCUAUACUGCAGUGAUGGUGCGAAGAGUUAUUCUGGCCCAAGGAGAUAAUAAAGUUGACGACAGAGAUUAUUAUGGUAACAAGCGACUGGAAUUGGCAGGACAGCUUUUAUCUCUUCUUUUUGAAGACUUGUUCAAAAAAUUUAAUUCUGAAAUGAAAAAGAUUGCCGACCAGGUGAUUCCUAAGCAAAGAGCAGCCCAGUUUGAUGUUGUCAAACACAUGCGCCAAGACCAGAUCACCAAUGGCAUGGUGAAUGCUAUUUCUACCGGAAAUUGGUCUUUAAAGAGAUUUAAAAUGGACCGCCAGGGUGUAACCCAAGUGCUGUCUCGCUUGUCAUAUAUAUCCGCACUGGGCAUGAUGACAAGAAUCUCUUCCCAGUUUGAAAAAACGAGAAAAGUGAGUGGUCCUCGCUCCCUCCAGCCAUCUCAGUGGGGAAUGCUGUGUCCUUCGGACACUCCUGAAGGAGAGGCAUGUGGUUUGGUUAAAAACUUGGCCCUUAUGACACACAUCACAACUGAUAUGGAAGAUGGACCCAUUGUUAAAUUAGCCAGUAACUUGGGAGUAGAAGAUGUGAAUUUAUUAUGUGGGGAAGAGCUCUCUUACCCAAAUGUGUUUCUUGUCUUUCUUAACGGUAACAUCUUAGGUGUCAUUCGAGACCACAAAAAGCUAGUGAAUACAUUUCGACUCAUGAGAAGAGCAGGAUAUAUCAAUGAAUUUGUUUCCAUCUCAACAAAUCUUACAGAUCGAUGUGUCUAUAUUUCUUCUGAUGGGGGAAGGCUAUGCAGACCCUACAUAAUUGUCAAGAAACAGAAGCCAGCAGUCACAAAUAAACAUAUGGAAGAGCUGGCCCAAGGGUACAGGAAUUUUGAAGAUUUCUUACAUGAGAGUCUGGUUGAAUAUUUAGAUGUGAAUGAAGAAAAUGAUUGUAACAUUGCACUGUACGAACACACAAUUAAUAAAGACACCACCCACUUGGAGAUUGAACCCUUCACUCUUCUCGGCGUGUGUGCUGGACUUAUCCCAUACCCUCACCAUAACCAGUCACCGAGAAACACUUAUCAGUGUGCCAUGGGGAAACAAGCCAUGGGUACUAUAGGAUAUAACCAGCGAAACAGAAUUGAUACUCUCAUGUAUCUACUAGCAUAUCCACAAAAACCCAUGGUUAAGACAAAAACCAUUGAAUUGAUAGAAUUUGAGAAACUGCCAGCUGGACAGAAUGCAACAGUUGCUGUGAUGAGCUAUAGUGGCUAUGAUAUUGAAGAUGCUCUUGUUUUAAACAAGGCCUCUUUAGACAGAGGCUUUGGGCGUUGCCUUGUAUAUAAAAAUGCUAAAUGUACGUUGAAACGAUACACCAAUCAGACUUUUGAUAAAGUGAUGGGGCCCAUGUUGGAUGCUGCUACAAGGAAACCUAUCUGGCGACAUGAAAUCUUAGAUGCAGAUGGUAUUUGUUCUCCAGGUGAGAAAGUAGAAAACAAACAAGUGCUUGUAAAUAAGUCCAUGCCCACAGUGACUCAGAUUCCUUUGGAAGGAAGUAAUGUACCACAGCAACCGCAGUACAAAGAUGUACCCAUAACCUACAAAGGAGCAACAGACUCAUAUAUUGAAAAAGUGAUGAUAUCUUCAAAUGCUGAAGAUGCUUUUCUGAUCAAAAUGCUGCUGAGACAGACAAGGCGUCCAGAAAUUGGAGACAAAUUCAGCAGUCGUCAUGGGCAAAAGGGUGUUUGUGGCUUGAUCGUCCCCCAGGAAGACAUGCCAUUUUGUGAUUCUGGCAUCUGUCCGGACAUCAUCAUGAACCCACACGGCUUCCCAUCACGAAUGACGGUGGGGAAGCUCAUUGAGCUGCUGGCUGGCAAGGCCGGUGUGCUGGACGGCAGAUUCCACUACGGCACUGCGUUUGGAGGCAGUAAAGUGAAGGAUGUGUGUGAGGACCUCGUUCGCCAUGGUUAUAACUACUUGGGGAAAGACUAUGUUACAUCCGGCAUCACAGGUGAGCCCUUAGAAGCAUACAUCUAUUUUGGCCCCGUGUACUAUCAGAAGCUGAAACACAUGGUGCUGGAUAAAAUGCAUGCCCGGGCCCGGGGCCCACGAGCCGUCCUUACCAGGCAACCCACUGAAGGACGGUCUCGUGAUGGUGGCUUGCGUCUCGGGGAAAUGGAACGUGACUGUUUAAUCGGUUAUGGAGCCAGUAUGCUUUUGCUAGAGAGACUAAUGAUUUCAAGUGAUGCCUUUGAGGUUGAUGUCUGUGGGCAGUGUGGACUUCUGGGGUAUUCUGGCUGGUGCCAUUACUGCAAGUCAUCCUGCCACGUGUCUUCCCUCCGUAUUCCGUAUGCCUGCAAGCUGCUCUUCCAGGAACUACAGUCUAUGAACAUCAUCCCCAGGUUAAAACUGUCCAAGUACAAUGAAUGAGGAUGGAAAAAAUGAUUAUUAAAGAGAACAAGUGAUACAUCCAAUGCAACGGAAAGCAGAAGGGAUUUAGGACUACGUCUCCUCCUGUGAAGAAUUCCCUUGCGUAUUCUCUCUCUAAAACAACCAAAAAAAAAAAUGGAGAGGCUUUUUAUAUACUCUAAGACUGGCUAAACAACCUUGAUCAUUGAGCCUCGAGCCAUGGGAGAGAUGCUGACCAUGUGGACUGCAAGGCUGCUUGAUUCACAGAUGGAUGUGACCUAAAGGAUAAAUAAGCUAUUACUUAUGUGCUGAUCUCUUGAUGUUCACUCAUUAGAAGACCUUACUCCUUCAAGCGAAUGUUUGGGGUCAAAUUUACCAUAUCUUCUGGCUAACCAUAUUCAAGAUUCUUCUGAAACUUGGAGGAUGUAAAGAAUCCAUUUGAUUUGGUCAGCCUGGCUUUUGUCGUGGUGGCUGGCUCGGAUAAAUUUUCCCAACAAUUAAAUCUUGCCUUUACACACCCCAACUUUGUAAUUUUAGUCUUGGUGAAAUAUAAUGAAUUUGUUCCUACCUUGUCAAGCAAGAAUGUCGUCUUCCCCUAUGGACUCAAUUGCUAUUAUUUUGAACCUGCAUGAUUGUACCAUGCAAUACUAUUCGUUAAAUAUCUGAAUCUAACCCCGUGGCUGCUUUGUCAUGCUCUGUCCCUUCCAUGCCUGCCAGGAUGCUAGCUGUCCAUUUCAUUUUUAAUCUGACAGACUUCCUUACUCAUUUCUAAUUUGUUCUCAACUGCUGCCCCAAAGCCAGAUAAACAUUUGUGUUAAGGAUUGUUUGUAAAAUCAGAUUCAGAAACACUUUGAGUAAUGGCCUAAGGCUUCAUUCCCAGCAUGUCACACUGAAGAUGUUCAACAGAAUAUUAAUAGGUAUUAUAUACCAACAAGAAUCAAGCUCCUAUGUCAAACUAAGGUUGAGAAACUGGGGGUAACCAAGUUAAACAUUCCACAGGACUUUUUCAAAGCCCUUAAAGAUCCCAAGCUAAUGUGUACUGGGUUUCAAAAGAGGGAUGUUCCAGGGACCCAGGCUAGUCAUUGACUUGAGAACUCAACCUCACUUCUUCUUUUUCUUCACAAUAAAAAAUUUCUAACACA